AGUAUAAAUAUGUUCAAAACUCAACUGGUAUCAACAAUUUCAGUCAAACCGAAGCUGUUUUUUCUCAGACAACGCAGAGGACAUCAGAAUGGAAGUCCCUAUUGGAAAAUGGUCAGACACAAAAUAUGCCACCGGUGAUAUUCAGGAGCUUUGUGAUGUGGUGAAGAGCAAAGUGGAGGAUCAAGCGGGGAACGUUUUUGAGAAUUACGAAGCCCUCUUUUACAGAGUAAAGAACAUACUUGUUCACCAUUAUUUAAUCAAGGUUUAUGUUGGAGAUGAUAAUGAUUACCUCCAUCUGUGGGUCUUCCGAAGUGUUUCUAUAGGUAGAUUGGAGAUAGGCCUGAUGGGAGUUCAACAACACCACAAGUGGGAUGAUCCGCUCAAACCUUUUGACGAAAACUAACAUCCAGACAGUUAGGUUCAUUAUCCUCCAGGAGAUUGCCCUGCAACUAAAAUACACUGAAUUGUUACUUUGAUAAUUAACUACAGUAAUGACACAAUGCUGUUAUCUGUGGGGUUUGGUGUUAUAGUAAAGGAUAUGAGCUGUACUGUCAAUAUAAAAAAUAUGCAACCAAUAAAUAACACUGAAUGUGAAA